AUGGCACCAAACGGUCUUCGCGCCAGCGAGAUAGUGAAUAAUGGACUCCCUGAUCUAUUCAGAGGCAUAAACCACACUACCAACGAUGCCACCCACGACCUCCUAUUUAACGGGGCAUUGAUGCCCUGGCCUAACUUCCACCAAGAUGUGGAGACAGCUUACUUGAACUUUGCGUGGAUCCCCCGUAUUAUUGACCACCAACAAGCAUCUGGGAGGGUGUCAAACUGGAACCUCCAGUUUGAGCAGACCGCGGUCGGUGACGAAACUGGCGUGCAAGGCCGCUGGGGCCAGCAUGUAAAUCAAGUUAUGUCUGCGGUAUUUUUAUCCCAGAAUAUCAACAUUCAAAUCGGUGGCUUCCGAGCCACGACUAGCAGCUAUAGCAAGGUCCCGGAUAUGGCGGGAGCGAGUCGCGCAACAGGCGCUUUACGUUUUGUUGGGGAAUUAAAAACUCCCUGGGUUGAACAGCACGUUUUGUCAGAAGCCAUGGGCGAUGACCACACUUUCAGACAUAUCCUCGGUGGGUCGGGCUGGGUGCUACCUAUGACAACUUGUCUGGACAACUUUAACAUCCUACCACGGGCUGGCGACUGGAAUAAAGCCCGAUAA